AGAAUUAUAAUUGAGCUAAGUGGUCGUCAACGGCGGACAUGGCGGUGCCUGUAGAGCAAGUGAUUCAUAUGAAUGGAGGAGUGGGAGAAACAAGCUACGCCAACAACUCUUCAAUUCCGAAGAAGGUAAUAAUGAGACUGAAACCUAUACUUGAAGAAGGCAUCAACAAGAUGUACGGCACCAACCUCCCAACUUGUAUGAAAGUAGCAGAUUUAGGGUGUUCUUCUGGACCAAAUGCACUUUUGGUGGUAUCUAACAUCAUCGAUAUAGCCAACGAAACAAGUCUUAGAUUGAAAGUUGAUCCACCCACGUUCCAGUUUUUCCUUAAUGAUCUAUUUGGGAAUGAUUUUAAUUCAAUCUUCAAGUCGCUUCCAGAGUUCUAUCACACCCUGAAACAGGACACAACAUGUUUGAUCAAUGCAACGCCUGGAACUUUCUUUGGCACCCUCUUUCCUUCCAAUUCCAUCCAUUUCUUCCAUUCCUCUUUUUCUCUACACUGGCUCUCUCAGGUUCCAGAUUUGUCAAGCGAGGAAGCAAAAAUAGGAGAUGAUGAUAAAGGGAAUAUAUAUGUGACAAGCAUUAAUCCUCCAUCGUACGCUAAACAGUUUAAAGAAGAUUUCAAACUAUUUCUCAGAUCACGCUCCAAGGAAUUGGUACCUAAGGGUGGAAUGCUUCUUACAUUUAUGGGAAGAUUUGAUACUUCUGAAAAUAUAACUGUUCCGGGGCUCAUUCGUAUGAUACUCAAUGACAUGGUCUCAGAGAAUUUGAUUGAAGAGACAAGGUCGAAAUAUUUCAGUGUGCCAAAUUAUUUUGCUACUGCUGAUGAAGUGAGGGAAAUGAUAAAGGGAGAAGGGUCUUUCAGUGUAGAAAGAUUGGAGAGUAUCAAAACAAGUUGGGACGGAUCAAGCUUAGAUGAUGAAACAAGCAAAAAGAGAUUUACGGAUGAGAAUGAAAGAGCCGAGUUCAUAACCAGAAACAAAAGAUCUGUCUUUGAACCUCUUUUGAAGGCACAUUUUGGAGAAGGAAUCAUGGAUGAGAUCUUCCUUAGAUUUAAGAACAAGGUUAUCCAAUUCUUGCCCAAAUUGGAGUAUCCUAUUUUGGUUGUAUCUCUCACUAAAAUUCUAGCAUCCAUGGCAACAGACACAGUGCUUCACAUGAACGGCGGUAUUGGAGAAACGAGCUAUGCAAACAACUCCUUACUUCAGAGAAAGGUGAUGCUGAAAGCGAAGCCCAUUGUGAAAGAGAACAUCACGAGAGUCUACAGAAAGAUUCUUCCAGAUUGUUUGAAUGUUGCAGACUUGGGAUGCUCUUCUGGGCCCAACACAUUGAUGACAGCAUCAGAAAUUAUGGGAAUUAUUCAUGCAGUGAGCUUAAGCUUGAGACUGAAGCCACCUUCGUUCCAGAUUUUCCUCAAUGAUCUUCCCGGAAAUGACUUCAACACAAUUUUUCAGUCCCUUCCUGAUUUCUACGGCAAGCUCCGACAAGACCAAGGAGACAAAUUUGGACCUUGUUUUAUUGUCGGGGUUCCUGGGAGUUUCUAUGGAAGGCUUUUCCCAGAUAAUUCCAUCCAUUUCUUCCAUUCAUCUUUCAGUGUCCACUGGCUCUCUCAGGUCCCAAAGGGUUUGGCUAGCAACGGAGGCACAGCAUUAAACAAGGGAGACAUUUAUAUAACAGAUACAAGCCCUCCUGCAGUGAGAAAAGCAUAUUGUGAGCAGUUUCAGGAGGAUUUCAAACUGUUUCUGAAACUUCGUUCAGUGGAAUUGGUACAAGGUGGUGGCAUGGUUCUCACAUUUCGUGGCAGACUUGAGGAUGAAGAUCCAUCAACUAUCUUCAACCUAGUCGGAAUGGUCCUUCAUGAAAUGGCCUUAGAGGUAUCUAUAGUUGAGGAGGCCAAACUGGACAAAUUUGACAUUCCAUAUUAUGGGCCGACGGAGAAGGAAGUGAGGGAGAUGGUUGAAGAAGAAGGAUCGUUUAGUGUAGAAAGAGUGGAGUACAGCAAACUGGGUUGGGAUGCAGAGAUGAAUGAGAGUACUACGACGCCCAUGAAAGCAAAGUUUGUAGGACAGUACAUGAGAGCCGUGACGGAACCUCUUCUGAAGAAGCAGUUUGGGGAUGAAAUCAUGGAGGAAUUGUUCCAGAGGUUCACAAACCAGGUUGGGCAACUCAUGCAGGUGAAGGAGCUCGUUUAUAAUAAUCUCAUCGUUUCCCUCACUAAGAACUGA